AUGGAUAUCAAAAAAUGCAACAUAUCUGUGGAGCAAUAUAUCAAAUUGCAUGUAGAUUCAAUCAAAUCUUCACAACAUUUAAUUGCAGAGAAACUAUUACAAGUUCACAAUCCCUAUUCUAGUGAUAAAAAGACUGACCAAAAAAUUAUAGAUGAUCCAAGUGAAGAAUGGCAAAAAGGAAAGUGUAAACUAUUUACAAAAGAGGAAAGGAUGCUUGUGGUUAGAUUUAAAUCUGUAGUAGAUUAUCGCAAAAAUAUUACAACUACAAGUCAAAAACAGAUUGCCAAAGAAAUUUGUCUAAAUUCCAAAGUUGAAAUUGGUUUAAAUCAAUCAAUGAUAUCAAAAAUAUACAAUGGUACAGAUAUACCAAAAUGUAACAAUACCUUAGAUGCAAUUAAUUCUUGGAUUGAUAAAAAUGCUAAAAUUAAAAUUAUAUAA